AUGGCAAAAUACAUUGAGAAUGGUCCCUUACCAAUUCAACCAAUCUCGGACGCUAAAGCCUCGAUCCUGGACUUCUUUGUUCCAGGCUUCUCCCGAAUUUCUACCUAUCUCAGGAUCGACUUGAGAGUCUAUGCCCCUCUGCUCUAUUACUUUGGGUUAUUUAUAUUCAUUUGCAGACGUAUUUGCAUAUACUUGUGGGUACUACUAGAGACUUAUUAUAAUAAGAACCCCCUUCUAUCCGAAUAA